ACAUUUGUGUAUUGUCAGUCAAUUGUCAAACUGUCAAAGUAUCGUCUGUGUAUUGAUUCCAUCUGAAAAUAUUGAUAUAUUUUUUCAAUAAAUAAAUCUAUCAGCCAUUACAAUUGAAUUUGUAGAGAAAUAUUCGUAUUCUUCAUCAGUUGUUUUCAAUAUAUCGAGCAUAUUCUAAUCUCAACUAUGUUUAUCAAAGCCAAAUGAAAUUGCACAAGCACAUCCAACUGAAAUGAUUGUGUUGGUGUUUGGUUCGUUUGUUGUUUUAUUCAGCACUUUGACUUUUAUACCAAAAAUGGCUGAAACGUAGAAUGAAAGAGGAGCAUACGCAUUUCUAUUUCUGCUGUUGUUAUUUUUGUUCUUCUUCUUUUUUGUUUCAUCAACACUGCGAGUGCAAAAUGGAUUAUUUCAGUUUCGCAAUUGAUAGAAUAAAUCGCAGUUAAGUGCCAUAAAACAAGAAGAUAAAUUGGAAUUUGAGUGAUUAUUCAACGGAAAUGUAGUGUGAAUAAAAAAUGAAGAACCUUGAAAAUAAUCGCGUUUAAUGUGUGCAUCAAGCGUAUAUGACGCCUUCCUUUAUAAGUGUUUGGAAAAUUUUUAGUUCUAGUUUUGCAAAACACUUUCUGUGUGUCAAAAAGAAGAAGUUUUUUUUUAAAAAAAAAAAACACCAAAAUGAUUGCAUGAAAAGAAAGGGAGAGUGAUUGAGAAGGAAAUUACUUCCGAUCUCCGACAAUACGUAACAUCAAAGAGCCUAAUGAAGGCCCAUUUAUUGAUUUAAAUCGAAUUAAGAAUAAUAGAAAGAGAUAAAAUACGGAACAAAGUGAUCAAUUUUUUUUUAUAAAAGAGUUUAUGUAUUUUGCUUGGUGUUGUGUUUAUUUUCGCUUACAGCUGUGAUUCACAGAUAUAUUUCUUUAGAUAAAUAGAUGAAAAAAAAAUGUCUAAAUUCAUGAAUCGUCCUCCGCCAACGGUGAUGUCAACCGCCACACUUACCAAUAGUUCGACAUAUGUGGAAAAACUGAUGAUUGGCCUAGAUCAUGCUCCGGCCGCUUUCGAUUUACGAACCCAAAUAAUUGGAGUUGGUGGAGCAAAUUUGAUUUAUAUUCGCAAUGAGACUGGCGCCGUUGCCACGCUACGCGGCCGAGGAUCAUUAUUCAUUGAUCCAGCGCUCGGCAUUGAAUCGCCCGAACCAAUGCACUUGUAUAUAGAACAUACUCGUUUAGAGGCGUUGCAAAAUGCAAAGCAAUUAGCCCGAAAUCUAAUAGAAACACUGCAACAGGAGCUGGCACAUUUUCAACAAAUGAAUCCACCUAGGCCAGCAUCAGCGCAAGCACCUGCGUCAGUCCAAAGCAUACAGUAUACACAACAACCCGUACAAAAUAUGCAAGCGACUCACACUCAGGUGAUAUCAGCGCAGUCUGUGAUACCACAAAUGUCAGUGCCCCCGCCAAUGCUGGCCGUUCCGCCGCCGUCAAUGCAGAGUGUCGAGCAAAUAACAACGGUAAAUCCGUCAUUGGUUCAGCAGACAAAUAUAGUUACGCAAAAUACACCAACAAUGGUGACCGCAACCCCAGUUCAAACCAUUGCCUCGCAUAGUCAGCCGCAAAUAAUACAGCAGCAAAUUUUACCCGGAAAUAUGGUUAUCCAGCAACCAGUUCAAACUAGUUUACAGACAAAUUUGAAUGUGCCACCGCCUUCUAGCAUCAUGAAACCGGGACUCGUUCCAUCUCAAGUUCAAUUAUCGCAACCGCCUCCAAAUAUUCAAUUACAGCAACAGCCAACACAAAUCGUGCUAAAUCAACCGCCGACAAACUAUCAGUACAUUCAACAGGCGCCACCAGAUGCUGGCCAACAACAAAAUGCCGUAACAAUUCAGCAUAUUUAUCAGCCUCAGGGGAUUGUGCAGCAAACACAACCGUUGAACACUUUCACCACGCAGCAAACAACCGUUAGACCACCAUCACAGCAAUAUAUUGUUCAGGGAAAUACAGCGUAUCCAUGUAUUACGGCUGUUCCACCGCCGAAUAUAAUACAGCACCAACCGCCACCAAUGCAAGUGCAAGCACAACAACAAAACAUCAUUUUCCAAACGACAACCAAUCCCGGGCAGAUUCCACUGCAACAGUUACAAUUUCAUCCACCGCCAAAUAUGGUAGAGGCUCAACCAAAUCCAAUCCUAACAAACGAAAAUGAAGCGGAAAACAAUGUAAAAGAUGAGAAAUCAAGUCCGGAACUCAAACUUGAUGAUAAAACUGACUGUGACAAUCAUGACGGCAUCGAAAAUUUACAAACAAAUGGACCAAAUAUUUCAAUGCAAAUGCCACCACCACUUCGAUUUACGUCCGCUCCCAUAAUGGCAGUGCCACCUCCAAUAUCCUGUGUACAGCAUAUCGUUGGAAACACGAUAAUCACCUCCACACAACCAGCUGGCACACAUACACACCAAAUCUAUAAUCCAGUUUCAUUGCAACAAAUUCAAGCCGCACCGCCCGGCCAACAGCAUCAAAUUCAUGUGUCUUCUUCUGGUCAACACUUCCUUGUCAAUACUCAGUAUCCGCAUCAAACGUUUCAACAAGUUCCACAAAAUGUACAGAGUUUUCAAUUAACAACUGCGCCACAAGCUAGAUCGGGUUCAAAUGAAAUUGUCAUGGUUAGUAAUCAAGCGAUUAUAACGCCAACGGUCAGCCAAACCGCAGAUAUUCGCACCCAACAACCAACAAGAAUAUUCAAUCCGCACAUGGCACCACCCACAAUGUCUGUUCAAUCGGUUCAAUUCCAACAAGUGAUGCAACCAUCGCAAGUUGUGGAAAACCCACAAAUUAUCGAACAACAGCCGCAACCAAAUUUCCAAACUCAGAUACAGCACAUAAAUCAGUCGAUGAACCAAUCGUUAAAUCAACAACUAAGUCAGUCAAUACAACAAUCGAUCAACGAAAAUCAACAAAAACUAAAUGGAAUACCGUUUUCAGUACAAAAUGUACCGCAACCAGUGCCAUACCCACAACAGAUGGAAGACUCACGUAUGAACCUGAAACGAAAACGGAAUGGAGACGAUGAUCAAGGUCUAAUCAAACAUUUGUUACCGCCUCGAAUGGGCAUGGGAUCGAAUAAUGGUGGAACACAACAUGUGCAGCAUUAUGCUACGAUAAAUACAUCAAACAGUGGUUGUUUAUCGUUAGCACCGACACCAGCCACAGUGACCACUUCUAAUGUCCAAGAUGAAGCAUUACCACCACCAACAUCGAUGGCAAAUUUUAGCCACUUUACUCAGCGCAUGGGACAUGAUAGCGAACCGAAUCCACAAUUAGAGACACGGACUGUGUAUUAUCGGAUGCCGCCUAAAACAUCGACACCUCCAAAUGCAAUGCAAUCGAAUGCACCAAUUAUGAUGGGAGGAAUGCCAUUACGAGGACCACAGAGAUUCAAUCCGAAUGGGAAUAACAAUCCUGGAAACUUCCCGAUGCAUCGUAUAAACUUUGGACCUCCACCACCACCACCACCACCACCACUUCCCGCUGGACAACGGCCUCGAUUUGCAAAUCGUUAAAUAGAUACCGGUCGAUACGUACUGUUCAUUGGAUGGUGAUAUUGAAUAUCAUUAGAUCUCACACAAACCGAAUACUGAUAACCGCCUUUCAUACAUGAAGGUGAAAAUGUUGCAGCUAUGAAAAAAUGCGGACCUUAGCAUUUGUUUACAUUGUUUCAAUAGUUAAGUUAAAGCAACAACAUGUAGCUAUGAAAUGAAGUCGGGAGUGUUACAUUUUUUUUUCUUCGUAAGACUAAGUUAUUUUAAUAAAAUUAAAGGGAAACAACCCCAGUUUCAUAAGAAGAAUUGUAAAAAUGAUAUGAUAACAAAAAUUAAAAUUCAAAACAAGAUGACAAAA